GAGAAAAAUAUCUCAAUUUUAAUUUUUUUUUUAUAUAAACCCAUAAAUAAAAAUCUUUUUUUUUAUCAAAUCCUAAAUCUUAAACACCAAUCCGCUAAAUUUAUAAAUCACUAUAUAUAACAAUAAUAUACAUAUGUAAUUUUAAUAUUAAUUUUUUAUUUAAUAAAAAAAAUAAAAUAAUAAACUAAAAAAAAAAAAAGAAAUUUUAUUUAUAAAAUGAUAAUAUUUAUAAAAUAUAUAUUUAUAUUGUUAAUAAUAUUAUUAAAUAAGGCAAAUUUAAUUUCAUCAUUAGAACUACCACCAGGUUUUUGUCCACAGCCAUUAUUAUACAGGAACACAACAAACAGGGAAAAAGAUAUUGAAAGUGGAUUUGAAUUUGUAGGGGAUACUAAUUGUGUACUUCCAUGCCCAUCUCCUCUUUUUACAACUAAACAAUGGGAUUCAUUUUUUUUAAUGUCUUUGGUUUUAGGUUCAAUAUCAAUGUUUGCUUCAUUAUUUUUAAUAAUUACAUAUAGUCCUUUAGUAAAUAGAAAUCACACCAGACAUACAAUUGGUAUAUUAUCAAUGUUUAUUGGAAUAUUUUUUAUAAUGGUUAGUGACGGUCGUCAACUAUGGGAUAUUGAAUUGGGUAACGAAAAAUAUUGUCCAGAACCUGGUAGAUAUGCCAGACAAUCGGAUACAAAAUGUUUAACAACAGGUUUAUUCUUCCAAUUUGGUUGUGUAAGUGCUAUAUUGUGGUGGUCAACUUUAGCAUUCGAUUUGUGGAUAACCAUUGCAAAGAAAAGAAUUACAACAAGAAAACAAAUUAUUUAUUAUAUAGUUGCUUUGAAUGCUGUAGCUAUAGUUUUAACUUUUGGACCAAUAGUAAAAAAACAAUAUGGUUUUGGACAAGCAGCAAUUGGAUGUUGGAUGUUGGAUCUUAAAUAUCAAUAUGGAUUCUUUUGGGUUCCACUUGGUAUUUGCUUAUCCAUAGGAAGUGUUUUUAUUGGUUUAAUUCUAUAUGAAAUUUACAAGAUAUCAGAUAUAGUUAAGAAGAAAUAUUUAAGAAAACAUAUUAAACCCUUAUGUUUAAUUGUUUUAAUGUGUAUAGAAUUCUUUUAUAUGUUUAUCUAUUACUCAUAUGUUACAGCGAAUCAAUCAAAGUAUAACAAGAGUAUGACAGAAUAUAUUGAAUGUUUAAUGAUCAAUGCUGCAAAUCAACCCGGUACAUAUAAAUGCGAUUUAAAAACAAUUUCACCAAGUGCUCAAUUCACAUUUUUAUUUGCGUUACGUUUAAUGGGUUUAGAAGGAAUGAUAUUUUAUGGAUUCACUAGACAAACUAAAAAGAUUUGGAAAAAGUCCUAUUGGUUCAACAAUAGCUAUGUUAAAAGAUUAUUCCCAACUCAUAUUAUUCCUGGUGAAAAAUCAAUUAAGAGCAAUGGAAGUGGUAUAACAAAAUCCAUUGAAUAUCAAGAUGAACAAACAAUGGAAUCUAUUGAACUAUCUGGUAUAGAAUCAAACAAUAUUUCACCACAAUUAAAUCAAAAUCAAAUUAAUAAUAACAAUUAUGAUAACCAAAAUAAUAAUGUUUAAAAAAAAAAAAAAAACAAUCUUUUAGAUUUGUUCUAUUUUUUUAUGUACGAUUGUAAUUAAUAAUACUUUUUAAAAAAUAAAAAAAAAUAAAAUAAAAUAAAAAAUUAUUUUUUGAAUAUUACAUCUAUUCAAACAAAUAUUUAAAACUAU